GCACUCAACAAGUCAUCAUAGCAGUUUCUAGCAGCUUCGCCGCGAGAUCCAGUUCCAGUUUCGAGUUCAAAGAGUUCUAAAGCAAUCAACGUCCUCUCAAGAUGUUCAAGCUGUGCGUUUUCCUCACCUUCUGCCUGGCCUUUGCCCUGGCCGCUCCAGGCCUGAUCCACUCCUCGCCCAUCCUGACCACCUCGUACCACAGUCUGCCCUCGGUGCGAGUUAUCCAGCCCAUCUGGACGCACAGUGUCGUGCGUCCCAUUAGCUACGGCUAUGGCCACGGCUACGGCCAUGGACACGGAUGGAUCUGAGCCAGUUUCCAGCGAGUCCAUCACAAAAGGCCUCCGCCUGUCACCCAAAGCUGGUCACCUGUUUUGGCCGACGACUUGUCGGACAUGCCUCUGAAAUAAAGUUCUGAAAUUGGUCUUGAAA